AUGUCAGCCACCGGGACUCAACGGGUGAACAGGCCCACAGACGUCAAGGUCAAGGAGGCCGACGUGAACCGCAAACUGCAGAUUUAUGGCAUCAUCAACGCCUUCCAGCUCGGCAAGGUCCCCUCGAACGAGCAAAUUGACAUUGCUCUGAACAGCUUCCUCAAGUCCAAGGCGCUCUCCAGCCCUUCCCAGCGUCUGUCUCCCGAGGGCAAGGCGCUUGUUGCUGAUUUCCAGGAAGUCGUGAGGCAGGCAAAGAACCUCGUGCUGUCCAAGAACGACGGAAAUCUGCUCCAGGACUUCAUCUGGCAGACGCAGCAGUUCGACCCCAACCGCAUCGACACUCCUGGCGCGCCUCUCGACAAGGACACGGCCAAGCAGCAUGGAAACGACGCGCUUGAGGGUCUCCGGACUUUGGGAACCCUGAUCAUCACCAAUGGCCAAUUCCGCAAGCUCUUGAGCGAUGCCACCGUGCUCCUUCGCGACAUGGCAGGCGAUGCCGCUUCCAAGGCUGCCGACAAGGUCAACCCCUCGGCCGACGAUCUUGCUCGCAUUGACGAGCCGGCUGCCGACAACACCUGGCAUGACAAGCCUGACUUCUCCAAGGAGAACAUGAAGAAGCAGGCUCAGCAGGUAUACAAGGGAAGCCCUGCCGAGGAUGCAAAGGCCGCUGCCGCCAGUGGCACCGCUGCCGCACACCCCUCGGGCAGCACCGACCCCAACGACCUUGCCUACACUGCCGCUCGCGAUCAGCGCUACGGUACAUCUUCGGGUGUCGAUGCUCAGUCUGGCCUUUCUGCUGCCAAGGACACUCUGCAGGAGCGUGUCGACAGCAGCGUUCCCGGCGACGCCCAGGAGGCUGCUCGAUCCAAGGCUGAGGAGUACCGGGCCCGCACUCGCGAGUACCUCAAGAAGAAGAUGCCCGAGGAGCGUCGCGACCAGACCGUCUGGCGCCUCAAGAAGAUGGUCAUUGAAUGCCAGCAGCACCCCGACUACCAGGAGGCCAUCUCGACGCUGCUCGAUCUCGCUGAGCAGUACGGCGGCCAUGCCAAGGACAUGACUGCUGGUGGCUCCGGCACUGUCCAGCAGACCCGCUCGCACAUGGCCCAGGCUGAGAGCGACCUGAAGACCCUCAUUGAGCGCUUCGCCAACGGCACCUCCACUGACAACCUCUGGGCCGCCAUCAACCAGAUCUACAAGGAUGCCGACCGCGAUCCCGAGCUCAAGGACUGGUUCAAGGCCGUCGAUCGCUACGUCCGCCGCUGUCUGCAGGAGCAGGGAUAUAUCCUGGAAGACGCUUCGACUCACGAGUGGAACCGCCUGUAUGAUCACGGAGAGUACCUGCUCCGCAACAAGUACCGCGCCCACACCGACCGCGUUCUCGACGAGACCAAGUUCAUUGCCGACCAGUUCGACAAGGACUACCAGAACAAGGCCUUUGCUGCAUCCAUGCAGAAGCUUUUCACUGAUCUCGGCAAUGACGAGAAUGGCAAGCCCACCUUCAAGCCUCAUCUGGUCAAGGAUCUGACCGAUGUCAUCCUGCCGGCCACCUUCGAGAAGAUUGCCUACAUCCCCAUCCCGCGUAUCGAGUACUCCGACCCUCAGGUGGAUGCCGUCAUCGAGAAUCUGGUGCUGGAGAGCGACAACUUUAUGCCCAAUGUGCUUGAGAUUGCCAGCGAGAACUACAUGCGCUGGGGCCGCAAGAAGAUCGCCAACAAGAGCAAGCACGCCAUCGAUGUCAAGGUUGCGGGCAUUCAGCUCGAUCUGCGCGACGUGAGCUACUACGUCAAGCGCAAGCAAGGCUUCCCUUCGCUGACCGACACUGGUGUCGCCAAUCUCUUGCUUCCUGGUGACGGCUUCACCUUCAGGAUGAAGAUGAGCACUGCAGAGAACAAGGACUCGCAGAGCUUCUUCAAGUGUGACAAGGUCGAUGUCGACGUCAAGAACCUUCAGAUCAAACUUGUCAAGUCCAAGCACAAGCUGCUGUUCAACACGUUCAAGGGCAUGAUGCUCAAGGUUCUCCGCCCCGCCAUCCAGAAGGCUGUGGAGAAGGCUAUCAAGGACAACGUCAACAAGCUGGACCGCAAGCUGUACCAGGUCAAGAAGGAAGCCGAUCGCGCCCUCGAGGAGGCCAAGGAGGACCCCGAGAACGCCCCCAACAUUUACAACCGCUACGUCAGCGCGGCCCAGAAGGAGUUCCUCAAGGGCAAGAAGAAGGCCGAGGAGGUCGCUGCCGACAAGAAGGUCAACUAUGCCAUCACCAAGGAGGACAGCAUGUUCCCCAACAUCCACCUGCCUGGUGGUAUCAGCUCCAAGGCCACCGAGUACAAGGAGCUUGCUCGCAAGGGCGAGAAGUGGGAGAGCCCUGUGUUCACCCUUGGUAACGCGUCCAAGAGCACCGACAUUCCCUCUGCUCCUUCAGUCGAGAAGAAGACGCAGCCCGUGGCUGGCCUCGCCGCCGGCGGUGCCGCCGUCGGUGCGGGUGCUGCCGCUGGCGCUGCUGCCCUCCGCAACGGCAACCAGACCAACGGCAACCAGGCCUACACCAAUGGCAACACUGCCGUCAACGGCCAGCAGACCAACGGCAAGUACACCGCCGUCAACAAUGCUCAGAGCGAGAAGCCUCUGGCUCCUGUUGCCGCCGCUCCUGUCGUCGCUGGCCUUGGUGGAACUGCUCCCACUGCUGGCCAGCCUGGCAUCAAUGUUAACACCACCCAUCCCGCCGGUGCUCACUAG